UUGAGUCACAUCCACAUCAGUCACGGUCUUCAAUCGCAGGCUCGCAGGCUCUUGUCCUUUACAGCUGUCUGAUGCCUCCUAAGCGUUUGUAGAGUAAAUACCCACCCACCCUCACGCAUUUUACAAGCUUGGUUUAUGUCAAGUAGAGACAACUUUCGCCAGACACACCCCUAAAACUUGGACGUGGUGGUCUGCGCUUCUGAUUGGUCGGGAAGCGCGACUGACAACACCUGCUUAACUCCUUCAUCCAAAUUGACACCCGGACUCUGGGAAAUAUAUCCAGCAUCCAUCCCUUCUCCACUCUCACACGCUCUCAGUGUCAUCUCGACAGCCUCCACAUCAGAUCCCCAGCCGCUUGUUACACAUCGCGCAAACUGAGUGGAGAAAUGCUGAUCAAAUGCGCGCUAGCCUUGCUGCUCCUCUCCGUUUUGGGGGAGCUGGUGGGAACGGAUAACGUUGACGUUCACGAGAGUCACCCUGAGAAACCGGCCAGUCAGAAGGGACGUCUCUCCUUACAGAACACAGCCGAGAUCCAGCACUGUCUCGUGAGCGCCGGAGACGUGGGUUGCGGCGUCUUCGAGUGUUUCGAGAACAACUCCUGCGAAAUCCGGGGCCUCCAGGAAAUCUGCAUGACCUUCCUGCACAACGCCGGCAAGUUCGACUCGCAGGGCAAGUCCUUCAUCAAGGAUGCACUGAAGUGCAUGGCUCACGGCUUGAGGCACAAGUUCAGCUGCAUCAGCCGAAAAUGCCUGGCCAUAAAGGAGAUGGUCUUCCAGCUGCAGCGGGAGUGCUACAUGAAACACAACCUCUGCUCGGCUGCUAAAGACAACGUCAAUGUCAUGGUGGAGAUGAUACACUUCCAAGACUUGUUUCCCAAAGGGCCGUACGUCGAGCUGGUGAACAUCCUGCUGAGCUGUGGAGAGGAGGUGAAGGAAGCCAUUACGAGGAGCGUGCGCCUGCAGUGCGAGCAGAACUGGGGCGCUCUGUGCGACAGCCUGAGCAUCUGUACAUCCAUCACUUCAGCUCCAGCGUCAGCCGGCCUCGAGCGGCGCCCGCGGCUUUCCUCUCAUUCAGACGCCGAGCACCACAAGAACGCUCGAGCGGGAGACAAGGACAAACCCGGCAAGGUCGGCUUCAGUUCCCACACGAGAAGCCGGAGCCAAGGCCCGCGGCGCGCCAGUUUAGACGCCGGCCCCACCGAGCAGGAAGACUCGAAGAUCAGUGACAUCCGGAGGUGAAAUAGCCGGAUCCCCUAAACUGACCGUGACGCCCCGAUCCCUCACUUCACAGACUCAGCAGACCUCUUAACUCGACCCAUCCACCCUCACUCCUCCACAGUCAUUCCAGCUCUCCCAAACUGUACAUUUUGCAGGGUAAAUGUGGUGCAGCUUUUUUGAUACUCCAGAUUGUUAAUUUUGUAGAAUUGCUUUUAUUUUAGUUCUGACACGGCAUCUCUAUUUUGCAAAUCCUGUCCUCCUUAAAGAGUUGGUUUGCCCCCAAAUGAAAAUUAUGUCAUUAAUUACCAAAUCGGUAAGACUUCAGUUCAUCUUCUGUACACGAUUAAGAUAGUAUUGAAGAGCUAUCUGACCCUCAAUAGACAGCAACACAACUCGAUUGAUCCAGGUCUAGAAACACUGGAUGUGGCAUCAGUAGCUCAGAUUCAAUUUGGUGACGCUAGAAUAACAAAAAUAACAAUUUACUCAACCAUUCUGUACCCCCAAGUUAUCACAAUGCAUGCGUGCGCUUUCUCUUUGGCGUUAACGACCACGGAUUUCAUGCUGGAACGUAAACAAGCCUGAUUACGGCAAAUACGUUUUUAUUUGUUGCAUUGUGAUACUCUCCAAAAUGGCCGAAGACGGAGCUUGGGGUAGAAGAAUGGUUGAGUAAGUUGCCGUUUUAGUUUUCUUUGCGCAAAAAAAAGGAUUCUCGUUGUCUCGUCGAGCUACUGAUGUCACUUCCUGUUUUACACACUACGUUUGUGGACCCUGACCGGUUCAGUUGUGUUGCUGUCUAUGGUGUAAAAUAUCUUCAUUUGUGUUCCGACGAUAAACGGAAGUCUGGAUUAAUGAUUGUCAUUUUCAUCAACUCUUUUCGAUUCGAUCGCCUUGUUUAUUUAUUUCAUGCUUCAUGCAGCGUUUGAAUAUAAAACAUGUACAUAUAAAUCUAUGUAUAUCUAUAUUUAUAUAAACCCGUCUAAAUAUAGCCUCCAUAUUCAGUGAUGAUAUACUAUAUGUAAUAUAGCGCUUGCUGUUGUAUUAGUUACAUUACUGCACCAGUUACGCAUACCGACUGUAGAUAUGUAAGAUACGUUUGUUUGUUCGUUUCAGAAAUGUGUCUGUAAUUGUUAUUUUAAAAUACUUGAUUAAAUACAAGCUGUACGGGAUUGAAGUCCAGGUCUAGCACAUACAACGCUCUGUGCUUCUUUAGAAGGAAAGCGAAGUCAAAACGACGUCCAGUAACAAGCUUAUUGUGCCUUGAGGAUAUCACACGGAGGCUUUAGCCCCAAAAUGAACUGUGCAACCCGAGCAGAUGCGUAAAAACUCCUAGCUGCCUCGUGUCUCGGUAUGAUAAAGCGCCCUGAUCGUAUCGCUUAAGUCUGAUGUGUGUGCUGCGUUUCUGGGCUCUGCCCAAACAGAUUAGCUGAACAUAGGAACAACUUUAGCGCACAGUGUCCCAUGGAAAGCAGGCCUGCCGGUGCUCAGGCCAAGUCCACAGCCAGCCACUGGUGUUUCCAAGUAAAAAAUAGCAGUUUUCUCCCAGAGCCACUGAGAAGAGCCAGAAGCUGGAAUUGCAGCCGGCUGGCCUUAGCCCCAGGAACUGGGUUAAGUCCACACGAGAAGCUCAGGGUAUUACUGACAAUAAUAUUGAAAUGGGUGAAUUAUUGUUUACUAUAGCUGCGAAAAUAAUUGUUUUGGGUCCUUGCCACGUGAUUGGUUAAUAAAAUGUUCGGAGCUGAUUGUUGGUUUAAGAAGGAGGAACGGCCUGUACGGUUCUGCUAUUCAUCAGCCUAAAGACAACAGUAGUUACUCUGACCAAUCAUCUUCUUGAUUCACUCAGGUAUUCCAGCAAACGUGGGCAAAAAAAAAAUGUGAUCAACUUUGGGUUUGAACCUGGAAAACAUUUUUAGAUUGUUACAAGGAACGAGAAAAAAAUCUGUGUACGACUAUUGCAUUGAACGAUAGGUUCCAUAUCGGUACAGAUAGCAUGUGUUCCAAUUGUUUUAGGAAAAAUAAAUACUAAAGCUCA